UCUGAUCCCAGCUCCGGGUUUAAGAGUCCUGGCCCUGCCCGUCGCACAGCUCCGUUCCUCACGCCUGCCCGCCCCGUCUGUCCGUCUGUCCCGCUGCCCAUCCGAGGGGCCACUCCACCCCGGACCCAAGAUGACGUCGGUUGCCAAGGUGUAUUACAGCCAAACCACUCAGACAGAAAGCCGGCCCCUAAUGGGCCCAGGGAUACGACGGAGGAGAGUCCUGACAAAAGAUGGCCGCAGCAAUGUGAGAAUGGAGCACAUUGCUGACAAGCGCUUCCUCUACCUCAAGGACCUGUGGACAACCUUCAUUGACAUGCAGUGGCGCUACAAGCUUCUGCUCUUCUCUGCAACCUUUGCAGGCACCUGGUUCCUCUUUGGUGUGGUGUGGUACCUGGUAGCUGUGGCCCAUGGGGACCUGCUGGAGCUGGGACCCUCAGCCAACCAUACCCCCUGUGUGGUACAGGUGCACACGCUCACCGGGGCCUUCCUCUUCUCCCUUGAGUCCCAGACCACCAUUGGCUAUGGCUUCCGCUACAUAAGUGAGGAGUGCCCACUGGCCAUCGUGCUUCUUAUUGCCCAGCUGGUGCUCACCACCAUCCUGGAAAUCUUCAUCACGGGUACCUUCCUGGCAAAGAUUGCCCGGCCCAAGAAGCGGGCGGAGACCAUCCGUUUCAGCCAGCAUGCGGUUGUAGCUGCACACAAUGGAAAGCCCUGUCUUAUGAUCCGAGUCGCCAACAUGCGUAAGAGCCUCCUCAUUGGCUGCCAGGUGACAGGCAAACUGCUUCAGACCCACCAGACAAAGGAGGGCGAGAACAUCCGGCUCAACCAGGUCAAUGUGACUUUCCAAGUGGACACGGCUUCUGACAGCCCCUUCCUCAUCCUACCCCUUACCUUCUACCAUGUGGUGGAUGAGACCAGUCCCUUGAAAGACCUCCCCCUCCGCAGUGGUGAGGGUGACUUCGAGCUGGUGCUGAUCCUAAGUGGGACAGUGGAAUCCACCAGUGCCACCUGCCAGGUGCGCACUUCCUACCUGCCGGAGGAGAUCCUUUGGGGCUACGAGUUCACACCCGCCAUCUCGCUGUCAGCCAGUGGCAAAUACAUAGCAGACUUUAGCCUUUUUGACCAAGUUGUGAAAGUAGCCUCUCCGAGUGGCCUCCGUGACACCACUGUACGCUACAGAGACCCUGAAAAGCUCAAGUUGGAGGAGUCACUAAGAGAGCAGGAUGAGAAGGAAGGCAGUGCCAUUAGUGUGCGCAUCAGCAACGUCUGAUGGCUUCGUUCCCCACCUGCCCAUCCCUCUGGUCUCUUUUCCUCUUUUGGCACCCUGGGUGAGGGAUAUUACCCAGGUUUACUGGAGAGCCCCAGAAGCACCCUUCUCCACUCCCUCUUCUUUAACCCAGAGGCCUGUGGGUAGUCUAGGCCAACUGGACUUCCUCCCGUUGUUCCCUUCACCUCACCGCACUUCCACCCCAAGAUGCACACCUGCCUUAAGCCAGGAUGGGGGAAGGAGAGGGAAGAUUAGGCUGAAGUGGCUUAGAAGGCCUCAGCCAUGCCUGGAGACUCACAUUAGGAGGACCAUGCAGUUGGAUGGACAGGCUCCCCCCACCCACCCACCUCUCACCAGCACCACCAGAAAGUUUGGUGCUUUGAGGCUGGAGCCCCCUCCCCAUCUUUCCACCUAGCAAGCUCCCUAAGGCAAGACUCUCUGGGAUGGUCCCUUUGGGGUUUGUGCCCUCAGAGAUAUAGGAAUCCAGAAUCAUUUUAUUCUGAAGUCUCUACCAAAACCUGUUGAAAGAAGCCAGGGUUUUUCAUGGUGUAGUUAAUUUCUGUUGGCAACUCCUGACUAUAACCUAGGACCUUGGUCCCCAUUGUUCUCCUCUUUCUAGUUUCUCAAGUGCACACUUUCUUAGGAUACCCAGUUCCCACAUAGAUGCCUCUGCUCCCAGAGAACUGGAGUUGACCCGGGAGAUAUAAA